GCCUCACUCCCUCUCCCCCAUCACUGCUGAGCACACUGUCCCCCAGGAUGGGACUGCAGGGGACCCCCAGAGAAGAGGAAGGGAUCAUCCUCAACAUGUAUGGGGGGGGGGACUUCUCACGCUGCCCAGCCCCUCCCUCCAGGGCGUCGUUCAUUCAGUGGGACACAGGGAAGGGCUGGUUUCAGCUGGUACUGGGUGGGGGCAAUGGAGGAAGGAGGAAGAAGGAGAAAGGGAGAAGGUGCUGGGGAGGGAGGGGACGCUGGCCUUGGGGGGGGCCAGGCCACCCAGCUGCUGGGGAAGCAGCGCCACAGCCCCAGCUGCCGCUAUUACCAGAUCUGGCUGGGGCGCCACAAUCUGUUUGAGGAUGAAGACACAGCCCAGUUCUUCCUCGUCGCUAAAAGCUUCCCACACCCUGACUUCAAUCUGAGCCUCCUGGAGAACAACAACCGCCUCCCAGGAGAGGACUACAGCCACGACCUCAUGCUGCUCCAGCUGGCGCAGCCCGCCCAGAUAACAGUCGCCGUGCAGGUCCUGGCCCUGCCCACCCAGGAACCUGUACUGGGGAGCACCUGCUAUGCCUCCGGCUGGGGCAGCAUCGAACCAGAUAAGUUCACAUACCCGGAUGAACUCCGGUGUGUGGACCUCACACUCCUGUCCAACGAUGUGUGUGACAACGCCCACUCUCAGAACGUGACAGAGUACAUGCUGUGUGCUGGGCACUUGGAGGGCGGCAAGGACACAUGCGUGUCCGAGAAAGUUUCUUGGCAGAGGUGACAUCUGAGAUGACCCCAAGGGUGGACGGGUCCCAUACACGUAUCCUGCUCCUCCUCUGCGCUGACCUGUCUGCAGGUACUGUCCUGCUGGACCCUGCCCCAUGUGCAGAACCUGGACCCUGAAGACCCAUCCCCAUGGGCCAGGACUCGAGGCACUGUCCUCUCUGCUGGAAUCUGGCUUCCCUUCUCUGGGAGUGGACUCUGGGGAUAACUGUCUCUUUCCCCAUAGCUGGGGGGUCGCUGGGUGUGAUCGGUGAGCCCAGGUCUGAGAGCUGGGGCCCCGCAGGCA